AUGCCUGUCACGGACUUCAAGACCCCUGAGAAGUAUCAAUACCUCAAUGGGUUUAACUCCUUUCAUGAGUCCGAGGCUGUAAAAGGGGCACUGCCAAUUGGCGCCAACUCGCCCCAGAAAGCUCCGUAUGGACUCUAUGCUGAGAAGCUGUCUGGGACUGCUUUCACAGCCCCCAGGGGCGAGAACCAGCAAUCAUGGCUCUAUCGUAUCCUCCCAUCGGCUGCGCACUCGGCAUUCCAGCCAGUAGCAUCCGCUGCACCAGAGCUGAAUGCGCCACUUGAGCAGAUUCCCAAUCAACUUAGGUGGAAUCCAUUUGACAUUGACGAGGAGGUUGAUUGGGUCCGCGGUUUGAAGAAAGUCUCAGGAAACGGCGAUCCAUCCAUGAAGGCUGGUCUUGGAAUCUAUAUCUUCACGGUUGGUCGCAGCAUGCACGCCAACACCGCCAUCUACUCUUCGGAUGGCGAGAUGCUUGUCGUUGCGCAGCACGGCGUCCUAGAUAUCAAGACAGAACUAGGGAACCUCCUGGUUCGUCCAAAUGAGAUCGCAGUUCUGCCCCGCGGUAUCAAAUACCGUGUUGAUCUCCCAGAGGGUCCAGCUAGGGGCUACAUCCUGGAGCUCUACCAGGGACACUUUAUUCUUCCUGAGCUGGGACCCAUUGGAUCCAACUGCCUGGCAAACCCAAGAGACUUUCAGAUCCCAGUAGCGGACUAUACUCAGGACACAGAGACUGAAUGGACGAUUAUUACGAAGUAUAAUGAGAGGCUGUUCGAGGCCAAGCAGAAGCACACUCCAUUCGAUGUGCUGUAUGUUCUCUCCUUCUACCCCUAUAAGUACGAUCUCGGUCGGUUCUCAGUGAUUGGAAGCACCUCAUUUGAUCACCCUGACCCUUCCAUCUACACUGUCUUGACCGGUCCCUCAGAUCGCCCUGGAACUGCUAUCGCAGACUUCGUAAUCUUCCCCCCCCGCUGGCUUGUCCAGGAGGAUACUUUCCGCCCACCUUGGUAUCACCGCAACACCAUGUCUGAAUUCAUGGGCCUGAUUUGCGGCCAAUAUGAUGCCAAGGCCGGUGGCGGGUUCCAGCCUGCAGGUGCCAGUCUGCACAAUGUCAUGUCCGCUCACGGACCGGAUGCAGACACGUUUGAAAAGGCUUCAAAUGCAGCGCUCUCCCCACAGAAGGUUGGCGAGGGAAGUAUGGCAUUCAUGUUUGAGAGUUGCCUGAUGCUUGGAGUAACUGAGUGGGGUCUGAAAACAUGCGAGAAAGUGCAGGAUGGAUAUAACGAGCAUAGCUGGACUGGCUUGAAGCCUCACUUCAAGCUCCCUGAGUAG